UAACUGGAAACAAAGUAUCCCUACAUCCGGUUUUGGUCGCCAUCUUGUGAAAUAGGCCUAUGGGCGGACCCGAGUAGCCGGCAAAAAUUUCAGUUGUUUUUAGCGGUGAUUGUGUUAUUUUGUCUUCGUUUGCAAUCCAGGCGGUUUCAGGCCACUUGGCUGACGCAGGUGAACACAUUUCACUGAAGGGGUACUGAGGUCAUGGCUGCAACAGUUAGCUUGGAGUUGGACCCAAUCUUUCUCAAAGGGUUGGGCUACCUCAAUUCUAAAAGCAGAGAUUCUGCUGAAAAACUUAAGGCUCUAUUGGAUGAAUCCUUAGCGAGAGGUAGUGACUCCAGCUAUCGGACUUCACCAAAGGAAGUGGAAGUUGCCAAGGUAUCUGUCACAAAAGUGAACGUGAGCAAAGAUCCAAAACAAAAAGGCACCUCUGGUUCGUCUUUGUCGAGCAGCAAUAAUGGCAAAUCCAGCAGCUUUGAAAAGACCAAGAAGGAGGCUGAAAAGAGACCUUCAGAAAAGGUGAAGGUAGAUCUGGUUGAUGGGGUGGACCCACCGAAGAAACCUCGAUUGGAGAAACCAGAGAACCGGUCCUCUCCGGUCACAGUUCAGGCCAGUAAAGAGCUCAGCCUGCCUUACCUGUCCAGCUUUGACGAAACCAGCGCCGAUGACUUCGCUAUGGAGAUGGGACUGGCCUGCGUGGUUUGCCGGCAGAUGACGGUGACUUCUGGAAACCAGCUUGUGGAGUGUCAGGAGUGUCAUAACCUGUACCACCAAGACUGUCAUCGGCCUCAGGUGACGGACAAGGACGUGAAUGACCCGCGGCUGGUGUGGUACUGCGCCCGCUGUACAAGGAAGAUGAAGCGCAUGACGCAGAAGCCGCCGCAGAAACCAGCCCCUGUGCCGGUCACAGCGGUCCCCGUGGUGAAGGACACGCUGGUGAAGAAGCCGGAGCUCAAACCCAAACCAGACACGGCCAGCACCUUCCAGGCUUUCAAGAGAGCGGAGGUCAAGUCUUCCGCGGCAGUGUCUUCGGGCCCCUCUGGCGGUAACUCCUCCCUGCAGUCCUCCAGCGGACUCACAGGCUGGGCUGCCUUCGGCGCCAAGACCCCCGCCGCCGCCGGCAAGCUGGGCCCGGCCGUCCAGAGCAGCGGGGGAAGGUCCAGCCCCGCCUCGUCCACACAGAAGCCGGCAGCGGGUCUGUCCGCGCUGGCCGGGGCCAAGGCCAGCCUGGGCACCAAGGCGACAGGGAGCAGUGGCGGCAGUGGUGGCUCCUCCCCCGGACAGACCCCGCUGAAGCCCCCGCCCCCGCUGACCCUGGGGAAGCCCGGCCUGAGCCGCUCGUCCAGCGGCGACGGGGCCGGCAAAGGGGCGGUGGCCAGCGGAGGGGGCGGAGCCUCAGGGGGGAACGGCAACGGGGGCAGCAGCGGCGGUAGCGGAGCCAAGGCUGGCGGAGAGGCCUCGGCCAGCGGAAAGAACCCCACUUCCCAGGAGUCUCAGCUCAAUGCCAUGAAGCGCCUGCAGAUGGUGAAAAAGAAGGCCGCGCAGAAGAAGAGUGGAGCCGGAGGACUGUACUGAGAUAUUGUGUCACGGCAUUGUUUUUUCUUUUCUCUUCCUUUUAUUAUCAGAACUAGUAUGAACAAGGAAUAAAGUGUUUCAGUUCCUAUGUGAAAUAAGUGUGCCUCAUUUAUUCAGAUGGAUAAAGAUGGCUUCUGUAUCAUUUUGUUGUUGGAAGUAGCUUUUUGGAAAAAAAUUAAUAAAUAGCUUAUUUUUUAAUUCA